AUGGAAAGCGAGGUUUUCACCCCUUUGCUGGAGCAGUUUAUGCUCACGCCUCUGGUCUGCUGGGUGAAGACAGUCGGACAGCCGACAGUGACCGAUGGCACCAAAUUAUCGGAAUAUAUUGAAUUAGUGGAUGGGAUUUACCUGAACGAGAUAAUGCUUGAGAUAAACCCUAAGGCCACAGUGCAGAGGACCAACAAGAAAGUGAACAAUGACCCCACACUGCGCAUCCAGAACCUUUCUAUUCUCAUCAGGCAGAUAAAAGCCUAUUAUCAGGAGAGUCUCCAGCAACUGGUAAUGAUGCCUUUACCAAAUGUCCUGGUACUGGGCCGAAACCCUCUCUCUGAGCAAGGUCUGGAAGAGAUGAAGAAACUAUUGCUGCUGCUACUAGGCUGUGCUGUUCAGUGCGAGAAGAAGGAAGACUACAUUGAGCGUAUCCAGAUCUUGGACUUUGACAGCAAAGCUGCCAUAGCAUCCCACAUCCAAGAGGUGACUCAUAAUCAGGAGAACGUAGUGGACCUGCAGUGGUUGGAAAGUGGGGAAAUGCCUCCUGAGGAUCUGGACAACCUCUCCAGAAACCUGGCUUUUCACCUCAAACGCUUGGUGGAUGAAAGGGACACACAGCUGGAGACUAUAGUGGAGUUAACCCAGGAGAGAGACUGUGUGCAGUUGUCUCCACUGGCUCCCUGUCCAACACAGUCCCCUGGCGACUCCCCCAGCAUGAGGAGGACUGAAAGCCGACAACAUCUCUCUGUGGAAUUGGCUGAUGCCAAGGCCAGGAUCCGGCGCCUGCGACAGGAACUAGAGGAGAAGAGUGAGCAGCUUUUGGACACCAGACAGGAGCUUGAGAACAUGGAGGUGGAGCUCAAGAGGCUUCAGCAAGAGAGCUACCAGCUGCUGUCGGACGCCCGGUCGGCUCGGGCCUACCGUGACGAGCUGGACGCACUCAGAGAGAAAGCGAUCCGUGUCGACAAACUGGAGAGCGAGCUGAGCCGAUACAAGGAGAGACUCCACGACAUUGAGUUUUACAAGGCCAGAGUCGAGGAGCUGAAGGAGGACAACCAGAUCCUGCUGGAGACUAAGACUAUGCUGGAGGAGCAGCUGGAUGCUAGCAGGACCCGGUCUGACAAACUGCACCUCCUAGAAAAAGAGAAUUUGCAGCUCAAAUCCAAGAUCCACGACCUGGAGAUGGAGCGGGACAUGGACCGUAAGCGUAUGGAGGAGCUGUUGGAAGAGAACCUCGUGCUUGAGAUGGCCCAGAAACAGAGCAUGGAUGAGUCUCUGCACCUGGGCUGGGAGUUGGAGCAACUAUCCAAGACACCGGAGCUGACUGAAGCCCCUCAGAAGUCUCUGGGUGAGGAGGUGAAUGAGCUGACCUCGAGCCGCCUGUUGAAGUUGGAGAAAGACAACCAGACCUUGCUGAAGACUGUGGAGGAGCUAAGAGGAGCAGCCAGUCAGGACACCUUCGGGAAACUGUCUAAAGUCAACCACGAAAACCAGAGACUGAACCAGAAAUUGGAGCUGCUGCAGAGUGAGCUGACAGCAGACAGAGAGUCGCUCCGCAGCGCCGAGUCGCUCAGCACUGACCUGAUGAAGGAGAAGGCUUUACUGGAGAAGACUCUCGAAACACUUAGAGAAAACUCUGAGAGACAGCUGAAGGGUCUGGAGCAGGAGAACAAGCACCUGGGCCAGACGGUGUCGUCUCUGCGUCAGCGCUGCCAGGUUGGUGCUGAGGCCCGGGUCAAGGAUGUGGAGAAAGAGAAUCGUGUUCUCCAUGAGUCCAUCUGCGAGACAACUGCCAAACUCAAUAAGAUGGAGUUUGAAAGGAAACAACUACGUAAGGAACUCGAAGUGAUGAAGGAGAAAGGUGAGAGAGCAGAGGAGCUGGAGAUUCAUAUGCAGAAGCUGGAGAGAGACAAUGAGAGCUUGCAGAAGAAAGUUGCCAGUCUUGGAAUCACCUGUGAAAAGGUGUCUUCUUUGGAGAAGGAGAACACAGAGCUGGAGGCAGAGGGCCGUCGUCUGAAGAAGAAGCUGGAUGCUCUAAAGAACAUGGCCUUCCAGCUGGAGGCUCUGGAAAAGGAGAACUCCCAGCUGGAGCAGGAGAACCUGGAGAUUCGGCGCUCAGCUGAGAGCCUCCGGUCGGCCGGGGCGAAGGCUGCUCAGCUGGAAGCUGAGAACAGGGAGCUGGAGAGUGAGAGGAGCCAGAUGAAGCGCAGCCUGGAACUGCUCAAAGCCUCGUCCAAGAAGACGGAAAGAUUAGAGGUGAGUUACCAGGGCCUAGAUACAGAGAACCAGCGCCUGCAGAAGGCUUUAGAGAACAGCAGCAAGAAGAUCCAGCAGUUGGAGGCAGAGCUGCAGGAGGUGGAGACUGAGAAUCAAACCCUCCAACGCAACCUUGAGGAGCUCAAGAUUUCCAGUAAACGCCUGGAGCAGCUGGAGCAGGAGAACAAGAGUCUGGAGCAGGAAAGCUCCCAGCUGGAGAAAGACAAGAAGCUUCUGGAGAAGGAAAACAAGCGGCUGAGGCAGCAGGCCGAGAUCCGCGACUCCAAGCUGGAUGACAGCAACCAGCGGAUCUCCACCUUGGAGAAAGAGAAUCGAACCAUGGGCAAGGAGAUGAUCUUCUUCAGGGACUCCUGCACGAGAGUCAAAGACCUGGAGCGAGAGAACAAGGAGCUGGUCAAACAGGCCACCAUCGAUAAGAAGACGCUCAUCACACUCAGAGAGGAGCUCGUGAGUGAGAAGCUGCGGACUCAGCAGAUGAAUAAUGAUCUGGAGAAACUGACCCAUGAGUUGGAGAAGAUUGGACUCAACAAGGAAAGGCUGCUCCAUGACGAGAGCUCAGAUGACAGGUUUAAGCUCCUGGAAACCAAACUGGAGUCGACUCUGAAAUCAUCUCUGGAGAUUAAAGAGGAGAAGAUUGCCGCCCUAGAGGCCAGACUGCAGGAGUCCUCGAAUCUCAACCAGCAACUUCGCCAGGAACUCAAGACAGUGAAGAAAAACUAUGAAGCACUGCGUCAAAGGGAGGAGGAGGAGAGGAUGGUGCAGAGCUCGCCCCCUAGAGGGGGGGAGGACCCUCAGUCUGUCAGUAAAUGGGAGAAAGAGAGCCAUGAAGCCACCAGGGAACUGCUGAAAGUCAAAGACAGACUCAUUGAAGUGGAGAGAAAUAAUGCCACACUGCAGGCUGAGAAGGCAGCCCUGAGGAGCCAGCUCAAACAACUGGAAACUCAAAGCUCCAACCUUCAGGCUCAGAUAGUGGCAGUGCAGAGACAGACUGCCUCCCUACAGGAGAACAACACAACACUACAGACACAGAACGCCAAGCUGCAGGUGGAGAACUCUACCCUGAGCUCGCAGAGUGCAGCCCUCAUGGCCCAGAAUGCCCAGCUGCAGAGUCAGCAGAGCAGCGUGGAGGGCGAGCGCGAGGGAGCGCUGAAGGAGAAAGAGGAGCUGAGGGCCACCUACGAGCUGCUCCUCCGCGACCACGAGAAGCUUGCGGCGCUCCAUGAAAGACAGGCAGCCGAGUAUGAAGCUCUGAUCGGAAAGCACGGGGGCCUGAAGAGCUCCCACAAGAGCCUGGAGCAGCAGCACAGGGACUUGGAAGACAAGUACAAGCAACUCCUGCAGAGGAAGGGGGAGCUGGAGGACCUGGAGAAAAAUCUGAAAGACCAGCAGGAAAAGAUGGCACUGGAGAACCAAACACACCAAGCUACAGCUGACCAGUGCAAACUGCUCAAAGAGGAAAAUGAUAGACUUAAUACUACCUAUCGACAGCUGGUGAAGGACAACGAGAAUCUCCAGCUGGACCAUAAGAACAUGAAGAGCCAGUUAAACAGCGCCAAGCUGGAUCAGACCAAGCUGGAGGCCGAGUUCUCUAAACUGAAGGAGCAGUACCAGCAGCUGGACAUCACCUCCACCAAGCUCACCAACCAGUGUGAAUUGUUGAGCCAGCUGAAAGGAAACCUGGAGGAGGAGAAUCGUCACCUGUUGGACCAGAUCCAAACUCUGAUGUUACAGAAUCGCACACUGCUGGAGCAGACCAUGGAGAGCAAAGACCUGUUCCACGUAGAGCAAAGACAAUACAUAGACAAGCUAAAUGAGCUGAGAAGACAGAAGGAGAAGCUGGAGGAGAAGAUCAUGGACCAGUACAAGUUCUAUGACCCCUCACCUCCACGCAGGCGUGGCAACUGGAUCACUCUGAAGAUGAAGAAGCUGAUCAAGCCUAAGAGCCGGGAUAGGAUGCGUUCUCUCACGCUGACUCCGUCUCGUUCAGAGUAUGGUGACGCUUUCCUGACGUUUCCCCACGACAGCCAGGACAGCUCGUCCAUAGGCUCCGGCUCCAACUCGCUGGACGACACACUCACACAAAAGAGGAGCAGCAGGAGGAGAGGGCAACAGUCCCAUGCCCAUGCCCAUGGGCAGGGUUCCAGCAAUGCUAUAAAAAGGUUGCCUUUCAUGAGGAACAGAUCCAAGGACAAAGACAAGGCCAAAGCCAUCUACCGGCGCUCCAUGUCCAUGAAUGACCUGCUGCAGACCAUGGCAGUGGCAGGUGGUCCUGGGGCUCAAUGGGCGUGCAGCAUCGAGAAUCUAGACGGAGCUGAGGCUGGAGAUGCCGGCAUGACGGGCAGCAGCAGGCGCAGCGGGCAGCGUAUGAAGGAGCUCGCCUUGUCCACCAAUGCUAUUGACUGUGCUGCCCUCACCCUGCCCACAGCAGGGCACAGCAGAGCCAAGCUUCGGCUUCAGGUCAAAGAUAAUGCCUCCUGUGAGGAUGUUGCCGGCUCCUCAGAUGACCCUAAGAGUCAAGCCACCAGACCCUCCAGUCUCCAUAGCAACAGGAUCAUCAGUAGUAAUAGUAACAAUAACUCCCACCUCACUUCUCCUCUGGAGGGCAAAGGCACGCUGAAUGGCAGCCUCAGCAGGCCUCACAGUGAGAGCAGCGGAGAGUUCAGCCUGAGCUUAGACCAGGAGGUGUGGUCCAGCAGCGGCAGCAGCCCUGUUCAGCAGCCCACCUCUUCGCGCUCCUCCCACCAGAGCCCCCUGCAGCUGCGCAGGUCGCUCGACCCGUCUGCUGCCGCAGGCAGCCCAGGCCAGACCCAGAUCAGGAAGACGGGAUCCCCAGGCAGUGAGGUGCUUUCCCUGCAGCAGUUCCUGGAUGAGGGUAUUGAUCCUGCAGAGUCUGGCAGUCAGGAGAACCUCACUGUAGACUCUCCUCGCCUCCCCACUUCAUCUGAGCAUGUGCAGAAAGAACGCACUUCGACAAAGGGCCGAGGCAUAUUGCGCUCAUCCAGCGGGAAAGCAACACUGGUCAGCUCCGACCGCCCGCCGAGAUCAUCGGGUCAACCAGGACGCCCGACCCUGCGGAAGGCGGAGAGCACCCGUGUGAAAGGCUCCGUCCCGGUCCGCUCCAGCCUGUCCUCGCAGGGCAAGGCCACAUCCGUCUCCGAACGACUGGAUUCAGCUUCCUCCACGCUGCCCCGGGCCAGUAGCGUCAUCUCCACGGCCGAAGGCACCACGCGGCGCACCAGCAUCCACGACCUGCUCUCGAAGGACAACCGGCAGCCCGUGUCGGUCGACACCUCUCCUCCCGUUGCGUCCACCAAGGCUGGGGUACGCUCCCAGCCUACACCCAGUGAGUACCACCCCAACAGCACCAACCUAAAGGGAUCCCUUAUCACCACCACCCCAUUGCCCAAGUCACUCAGCUUGCCUUGCCAUAGCUUGGAGGACCCCGACCUCUCCACCCUCGAGUCUUUCCUUGGCCCUUCCUUCACUGUAGAGUCGGUGUUCAUGGACUCCAUUUUUAGUGAGUCAGCGGGCAAAAACCUUCCAUUCCUGUCUCUAAACCCCACCCUAGUCAGCAAUAUCAGUGGGCCACCUGUUACAAAUAAAACCCCCUCAGCUGCACCUAUCCCAAACCACAUUUCCACCCAAAACCAGACCCCACACAGCCAAUCAAACGGCCAGAUGAGAUCCAGCCCAGCCAGUGUAAAAGAGUAUAACGAGGGCGUCGACCCCAAUCGUGUGAAUAAUUCGGACCAGUCACUGAGCCCAGAGGACAACCAGUCUCUGUGGUAUGAGUACGGGUGUGUGUGA